AUGCAGGGAUCCCUCUGGGCUUUGCUUGCGGUGCUGGCUGUUGUCUGCGGACUCACCACGUCACUGUUAGUGCCUGUGGCCACCACCCUCGGCGCUACCUCUGCAGCAGUGACAGUGGGCGCCGGCACCCUGACUGGAGUAGGCGCCACGGCAGCGGUCGCGGGGGUAGCCAGUCUGGGUAUCGCCGCCUUAACCAACAGGGAAAGAGGGAGGCCUUCAAGCCUCGGUCGCCAGAGGAGAGAGGUCCAGGAUGAAAGGUUCGAGGAGAUCUUCGCCAUGGUAGCCAAGGUGGACACGCAAGAGUGCGGGCUGCGCUACGUGUGUCAGGUGUUCACUAAGCCCCGGCAGGACCUCAACCUCAGGGAACGCGCCAUCAGACUACUCGUCGGGGAGAAGCCUCAACCAGUGCCCCCGAAGAAGGCGCAGCAGGCUCGAGCCCUCUACCAGUCAGCAGGUGCCCUGGGCCAGCGGGGAGAGGACUGCCUGGCCCUGUACCAAGCUUGUCCACUCUCCUUCACUCAGGUGACAGAGUAUCUGGACUCCCUCGACCUGCAGCUCAAGAAGAGACCAGUAACUUGA